AUGGCUGGCCAGCACGAAUCCACCAUCCUGACAAACCCCGUCAACAAGGGGUUUGCCAAGAGAGCAGAACUAAUGUCUGAGAGCAGGGCGAUAGACCUUUUAGGGCAUCUCCACACGGACCUAUUUUUUCAAGAAAAACUGCUACUAAACGGAGUGGAUUUGAAAAACAAACUAACCUGCAGCAGGGACAUCUGCUUCAUGAGCAGUGCAGGAGAUGGGACACGUUUUAAGCUCCAGAUGGAUUCAGCCUCCCUCUUUGUGAAAAAAGUGAGGGUGUCCACGGGUGUCCGACUGGCCCAUGCUGAAGCACUGAUGACCUCCACAGCAAAAUGCCCUGUGGACCUUGUCAGCAUGAAAAUGUUCAGUAUCUCAGCAGGAGCCCAUGUAAGCAAACAAGACAACUUGUUUUUGGGACAGCUUCCCAAAAUGGUGGUCAUGGCUCUGGUGGACAAUGACGCUUUCAGCAGUGGCUUCACCAAAACCCCUUUCCACUUUAAAGAUUACAACAUUAACUUUGCAACUGUAUAUGUGGACGGGGAGCAGAUCCCCCCCAAACCCUUCCAGCCCGACUUUGCCAUGGGGAACAACGUGAAAGAAUACAUGAGUUUGGUGCAAAUGGCGGAGAAGCAUCUUCAGGAUAUACCGCUCCUAAUAGAUCGUGAUGAGUUUCGGAACGGGUACACUCUGUUUGCCUUUGACCUCUCUCCCGAUCAGGAAUGUGCAGACCAUUACUCCCUGAUCAAAACUGGGAACCUGAGAGCUGAAAUACGCUUUGCAGACGCACUCUUCCAUACGGUGAAUUUGAUCAUGUACGGGGUGUUUGACAACAUUAUCGAGAUCAACCAAAACCGCAAUGUGCUCUUUGACUAUAUGUAA